UGAUUGAAUAACUUUAACAAUGUAAAUUUGUUUUUUUAGUUUUUUAAACCAUAAAUAAUUCAAAAUGUAUGAAGUAACAGACAAAAACUUUGAGGAGUUAUACCCUAAAAUAGAGGAAACUUUGAAAAAAGCCGUAUUUCUCGCAAUUGAUACGGAAUUUAGCGGUCUAAAGACUGACUUUUUCGUGAAAGAGAGUCUUUUCGAUUCGCCGGAUGAAAGAUAUGUUAAAGUGAAGAAUAAUAUUCAACCCUUUAUUAUCAUACAAUUUGGAUUCACAGCAUUUCAUCAUAUUCGUGAAAAAAAUGCCUAUGGUGCGGAAACAUUUAAUUUUUAUUUACUUCCUCGAUCUAUACCAACGAAAAAUAGGCAUUUUGUGUGGCAAAUUACUGCCCUGGAAUUUUUAGCAGUCUACAAAUUUGACUUCAACAAAUUCGCUUACACCGGAAUUUCAUAUCUUGACGAAGCAGAUGAAAUUGAGUUGAGAAACGAAUUGCAUGAGGAUAUUUUAAUGCGACAUUUGGAACGAUUUAUUUCGAAUAAAGAUUCCGAUGAACUUCGAGAUUCUCGAAACAAAGUUGCUGAUUGGUUGAGGCAAAAGACGGAACCUUAUGCUGCAAUGGAGAUAGAAACGGAUUCACCCUUUCUGCAAUAUCUUAUGCACAAAGAGCUGAGAUAUCAAUUUCCGGAUAUUUGGACCUACCCAGGAAAAAGAAAGGUAAUAGUAAUUAAAGUUGCAAAGGACGAGCGACACGAUUUAGAGGUAAAAGAAGGCGACGAGUUAGAUCAAACUUUAUUGGAUUACUACAUUGGAUUUUCGAAAGUAUUUAAGCUAAUGGUUACUUUGAAAAAACCCAUUGUCGGGCACAAUGUUUUAACUGAUUUGAUGUAUAUGCAUCAACAAUUUUACAAAUCCUUGCCAAAAAAGUAUACUGAAUUUAAGGAAAAUAUUCAUAGACUUUUUCCUUUGGUCUAUGAUACGAAACUUCUUAGUUACGAAUUGAGAAAAACUCUUCAAAAAGAAGAAAAAUUCGCAAACAAUGCGCUAAACACUUUGUACUAUUAUUUCAAAGACGCGCGAGGAAAACAUUUAACUUUGAAUUCACCGCUAAUAUGUUCCGUGGAUAAUUCAACGCUUGAGGUGGAUUCUUUUCAUGACGCAGGAUGGGAUUCUUACUGUGCAGGAUAUUGUUUUAUAAAAAUGGCGCACACAUUUGCGGUAAAAAAACGCGGGACGGGUAGUCAUUAUAAACCAAUGACGAAUAUUGAAAUUAUGAACGGAGUGACACCUUUUGUAAAUCACAUAAACAUUAUUCGUGGAAACGUUUCUUUUUUGAAUCUUGGCGGACCCGAUCCAAUUUCAGUGAGACCUGAAUGGCUAUUUGUAGAGGCUUUGGGUAAAAAAACAAUUUGUGCGUCCGAAAUUGCGGAAUUGUUGUCAUCAUUUGGCAAUGUUGAUGUGAAACCUUUCAGCUCGAAACGGGCUCUGGUUGCGGUUGCGAAUCAUGCGAGUGCCCGAGAUAUAUUGAAACAUUUCAAAUCGAAUGCAGAUAUCUACAUAGGGCCUUACAAUUCAUUUCGACAUUCACCCGCCGCUAAAUUGUUUAUGUGGGGUGGUGUAAUCAUAUCUGGUGGAAUCAUCGCUUUGAUGUUGCAAUAUAAAAGUCGAUUAUAAAAAUGGGAAGAAAUUAUUUAAGUUUUUCAGCGGAUACAAAAAAAAAAAAGAUCUGAGGAACUUGAAAACCUGAAAGUCGAACCAUGAAAUCCAGCUCGUUCAAUCUGAACCUGUCAACCGAAAAGAUGUCGCCACUGUCGUCUGUCUUUGUCGCACAAGAUGCAGCUUUCAGACGUCCGAUUGUGAGAAGAUCCAAGACGUGGAGGAGCCGAUUCAUAGCGUUCCCCAAUAUUUCAAAAGUUUUCUCUGGCCGAGACCCAAGGCCAAAACACUCGAAAUAACACAGCAGCAAUUCGUGUGGGCGAACGGAUAACCGUUCUAUCGGAUAGAUUGAUCACUGAGGCAGGUGGCGCACUCAAGGCUUUUUUGUCUCUGCAAAUUAUCUGUCAGAGCACAGAGGUCUCGAAAAUUCACCUUUUUAACAAGAAAAAGUCUUGUUUGGAAAAUAAUUUAAUCAUGUUUUUUUUUUUAAUUUUCAUACAGGGGAAACCCGCCUAGAGUGGAUAGUUCAGAUUUUAUGGUGGACCACAUGUUUUUUUUUCUUUUAACUUUCGUGUAUAUCGGCCCCAGGUUUUUUCGAAUUCAGAAAAAAAUUAAUUCCACUGAAAAAAAAAUUAUUAUUUUGGGUCUCGCAAGCCCCAUAAAGUUUAAUACGUUUUUCCCAUAAAGAAGAAAAUACGUUUUUGUAUAUUUUUUUCAGAAUCAGUAUUAGGAGAAUCGAGUUGAAACUCAAAAUUUAUUUUGACAAUUAUCUAUAGGAUAGAAAUGAAUAAUUAUUUUUUAAAUAUCUGCCUCAUAAGAUUAUUUUAUGGGGUCCCAAAAAAAACACAUGAAAAUAAAUUUUGCUUUUUUUUGGCGAUAAUUAUGAUUUUUUGGCAGUUUUUCAUAUUACAAGUUGUUUCUAAUAAAUAAAAUACUACUUUUUAUCAAUAAUUAGAUGUU